AUGGCUGGGAAAGGAUGUGAACCUUAUACUUAUGAAUUUAAGGAUACAUAUCAUUCUGCUGAAUUCCUUGAUGCGUUUAAAGAAUUUUAUUGGAAUCAAUUAUUCACUGACAUUACCUUGGAAAGUUUCUCAGGACAGCUAUUUCAUUGUCACAAAGUUGCUCUAGCAGCUUGCAGCACUUAUUUCAAAAUAAUGUUCACAGCAGAUAUGCGAGAAAAAGCCACUAGGAUUAUUAAACUUCCUAGUAUCGAUGACAGCAUUUUGGAUGCCCUUGUAAACUAUGUAUACACAUCAGAGGUGUUAAUAACCAAACAAAAUGUCCAAAGCCUGUUAGAGACUGCUGACCUCUUACAAUUUAUAUCUAUUAAAAAGGCAUGUGAAAACUUUCUGGUCAGACAUCUAGAUAUUGACAAUUGCCUAGGAAUGCAUUCUUUUAGUGAAUUCCAUACUUGUAAAGAUUUAGAGAGAGAGUCUCGUAGGAUGAUCCUCUCGAGAUUUGAAGAUGUUUCAAGACAAGAUGAAUUUUUAGAUAUCAACAAGGAUAAACUACUCUUCAUUCUGUCCAGAGAGAACCUUAAUGUAUGGAAAAAAGACAUACUUCUCGAAGCCAUUAUUAAGUGGAUUGCAUAUGAUAUAAAAAAUAGAAUUGAAUGUUUGAAGGAGUUAUUAAAAUACAUUAAAGCUGAUUUGGAUGAAGUGUACCUCAGAACAGCACUUGAGUUGAAUGGGCAAUACCUCCUUUCAAGUGAUAUUAAGAUGCAUUCUUUAAAAUGCCAUGUACUUAAACCAAAUGAAAAUGGUAAUAUAAAUUCACAAACUUGCAAAAUGUCAACAUGUGCUAUGUAUAUAGUUGGUGGUUAUUAUUGGCAUCCACUUUCAGAGGUGCAUAUUUGGAAUCCUUUGACUGAUUUAUGGACACAUGGUUCACCAAUGCCUGACCACAAACGAGAAAGUUAUAGUGUUGCUGCUUUGGGACCAAACAUUUAUGUGACAGGUGGCUACAGUUCAGAUAGCCUGGAGGCCCUGGACACAAUGUGGAUUUAUAAUUCAGAAAUGAAUAACUGGACGGAAGGGAGCCCAAUGUUGAAUGCUCGUUACUAUCACUGCUCAGUGGUGAUGCAUGGAUGCAUCUAUGCAAUGGGUGGCUACAGAGGUGGUGCUCCAGCACGUGAGGCUGAAUUUUAUGAUCCUCUGAAAAGGAAAUGGAUUUCAAUUGUAAAUAUGUUAAAAGGUGUUGGAAAUGCAACAGCUUGUGUCCUCCGAGAUGUUGCCUAUGUAACAGGAGGUCACCAUGGCUACCGAGGAAGCUCCACUUAUGAUAAAAUUCAAAGCUACAGAUCGGAUCUUAAUGAAUGGAUGGUCGUAACCAUUACCCCACACCCAGAGUAUGGACUGAGCUCUGUGGCUCUGAAUAACAAGAUCUACCUUGUUGGUGGCCAAACAACUAUCACUGAUUGUUACGACACAGAAAAGAAUGAAUGGAAACAGAUAGCUCAAAUGAAUGAAAGACGAAUGGAAUGUGCUGCAGUAGUGAUGAAUGGAUGCAUUUACGUUACAGGUGGAUAUUCUUAUUCUAAAGGAAUUUACCUUGAGAGUGUUGAGAAAUAUGACCCUGAACAAGAUUCCUGGGAAAUGAUAGGGAAUCUGCCUAGUGCCAUGCGGUCACAUGGUUGUGUAACUGUAUAUAAUGUAGAAGCACAAUUGUAA